CAACUCAGUGAGUCACUUGCUAUACAUACAUAAUAUAUAUACACAUACCUUCUUCAACAUUUUCAACAAUUCAUCCCCAAAUAAAAAAAAAACAGUAAAACCCCCUAAUGGCAUUCUCUUCCUCCAACAUAACUUACAGAGCCACCAUUACCAAACCUUCAUCUUCACCUUAUCCCAGAUCUAACCCUUCACAAUCAUCCCUCACAUUCACUAAAGCUUCCACCUUUUCACCCAAAUCCUUCUCAGUUUCUUGUGUCAUGACCCAACAAUCCACCAAUUCAUCGGCUGCGCCGGCUGAACCGGCGGUUCUCCGCCCUGAUUCGCUCGGCCGGUUCGGUAAGUUUGGAGGGAAGUAUGUGCCAGAAACUCUAAUGUAUGCUUUAUCGGAACUUGAGUCUGCUUUUCAUGCCCUAGCAACCGACCAUGAAUUUCAGAAAGAGUUAGAUGGCAUACUAAAGGAUUAUGUUGGUAGGGAAAGCCCUCUUUAUUUUGCUGAACGGCUUACAGAACACUAUAAACGUCCAAACGGUGAAGGACCAGAAAUCUAUCUCAAGAGGGAAGAUCUGAACCAUACUGGUGCUCAUAAGAUCAACAAUGCAGUAGCUCAAGCUUUGCUGGCUAAGAAGCUGGGUAAAGAACGAAUUAUUGCGGAAACCGGGGCUGGCCAGCAUGGAGUUGCGACCGCCACUGUUUGCGCUCGGUUCGGGUUGAAAUGCAUUAUUUAUAUGGGUGCUCAAGAUAUGGAAAGACAGGCACUUAACGUGUUCAGAAUGAAAUUACUUGGUGCAGAGGUUAGAGCGGUUCAUUCCGGGACAGCCACAUUGAAAGAUGCAACAUCAGAAGCCAUAAGGGACUGGGUGACGAACGUUGAAACAACCCAUUACAUACUGGGUUCUGUCGCGGGCCCACACCCGUACCCCAUGAUGGUACGCGAGUUCCAUGCUGUAAUCGGCAAAGAAACAAGAAAACAAGCCUUAGAAAAAUGGGGCGGAAAGCCCGACGUGCUGGUUGCUUGUGUUGGUGGCGGGUCAAAUGCCAUGGGCCUGUUUCACGAGUUUGUUGACGAUAAAGAUGUGAGACUCAUUGGUGUUGAGGCUGCGGGUUUCGGGCUAGAUAGCGGAAAACAUGCAGCCACCUUGACGAAAGGUGAAGUUGGUGUGUUGCAUGGUGCGAUGAGCUAUUUGUUGCAGGAUGAUGAUGGACAGAUAAUUGAGCCUCAUUCUAUUAGUGCGGGGUUGGAUUAUCCGGGAGUUGGACCUGAGCAUAGCUUUCUGAAAGAUUUAGGUCGUGCUGAAUAUUAUAGCAUCACUGAUGCAGAAGCGUUGGAAGCUUUUAAGAGACUAUCUAGACUGGAGGGCAUAAUCCCAGCUUUGGAAACAUCGCACGCGCUUGCAUAUUUGGAGAAACUAUGCCCAACGCUACCAAACGGAACCAAAGUUGUUCUCAACUGCAGUGGAAGGGGCGACAAAGAUGUUCAUACCGCCAUCAAACAUUUGCAGGUUUGAAGUAGUCGACCUCCAAGACAGUUGGAUAUACCAGAAAACGUUAUGCUUACAUUAUGCUUUAGCAGUUGUUUUUUUCUGUUGUAUCAGAGAAUAAAGAUUUCGUAAACAGUUUACAAUGUGAAAUCAGAAUUUGCCGCCCUUUCUAAUUUCUGAAUCUUUUCUGAA